UAUAAAUACGGCCUCCUGUUCUCGCAUCUAUCAACUCACUUCCCUUCCUCAUCAGCUCCCACACAACAGCCCAUCAAACACUCACCCACCAUGCAAUUCAAGCUUCUUGCCCUUGCCUCCUCAGCGGCCGCCGCCGCCCUCUCCGGCCAAUGGACCGGCUUCGAGUCUCUCCCCGACGGCGCCUACAGCGGCAUUGUCCACGCCAACGGUUCCACGACCGUCACCAGCGUCGACACGGGGGCCGAGCACUUCUUUGGGCUGGAGUCCGGCUCUGCCGCCCAGAAGCGCAGCAUCAGUAAGCGCGAUGUCUAUUGCAACGGCAACUACCUCAACCACGGCGAUGUCGACGCGACCUACCAAAGCCUCCAGAACUGGGCUGGUGCCGGCCAGACGCUUAGCUGUAGCAGCGGCCGCACCCGCUUCCACGGCUAUGUCAGGGGCGGCGCUGUCUCGUACGCUUGCUGCAACAAGGGUGAUACUUCGUACGUCUUCACUGCCGACUUUGUCCGCUAUGCGUUUGGCGCCAUGGACGGCAACCGCGGCGAGCGAGGCUGCCCUGCCCAUAUGGCGAGCUUCUAUGCCGAGCCCGGCUCCGACAAACUUGUUGGCAAGGAUGCCGCUGGUGCCAGCUUCUGCGCUGGUCAUUGA